CGCGCCUGCGUAGAGGCGCCGCCCGAAGUUUGCGGUUUGUUUGUGGGGUGACCCCGUGUCCCGGGCGCUGGUGGCGGUGGCGGCGGCGGGACGGGGCCGGGGUGCCGCCAUGGCGGUGCGACAGGCGCUGGGCCGGGGCCUGCAGCUGGGCCGCGCGCUGCUCCUACGCUUCGCGGCCAAGCCUGGCCCGGCCUAUAGCUGGGGGCGGCCUGGCCCGGUGGCCGCCUGGGGCCGCCUGGAGCGCCCGGGCCGGGCCGCGGCACCCGGCCUGCAGCCGCGCAGGGUCGGGUGGAGGCUUCCCGACCGCUACCGCUUCUUCCGCCAGUCGGUAGCGGGACUGGCGGCGCGGCUGCAGAGGCAGUUCAUGAUGCGAGCCCGGGGCGGCGCGGGUCCUGGCGGCCGGGCCGUCUUUCUGGCCUUCGGGCUGGGCCUGGGCCUCAUUGAGGAGAAGCAGGCGGAGAGCCGGCGAGCGGCCACGGCCUGUCAGGAGAUCCAGGCCAUUUUCACCCAGAAAAGCAAGCUGGGAGCUGACCCCCUGGAUGGCAGGCGCUGGCAGGGCUUCCGGCUGGAGGAGUACCUGAUCGGGCAGUCCAUUGGCAAGGGCUGCAGCGCCGCUGUGUACGAAGCCACCGUGGCUGCGUUGCAUGUGAACCUGGAGGUGGCAGAAGGCACCAGGCUUCCCGGGAGAGGCACGGACCUCACUACAGCAGGAACGACCAAGGUGCCCGGCCCUGGGGCCCCCCACUUUCCCUUGGCCAUCAAGAUGAUGUGGAACAUCUCGGCGGGCUCUUCCAGCGAGGCCAUCUUCAGGACUAUGAGCCAGGAGCUCGUUCCAGCCAGCCGUGUGGCCCUGGCCGGGGAGUACGGAGCCGUUGUUCAUAGAAAGACCAAGGGGAGCCCCAAGCAGCUGGCCCCUCACCCCAACAUCAUCCGCGUUUUCCGCGCCUUCACCUCGUCUGUGCCGCUGCUGCCAGGGGCCCUGGUGGACUACCCUGAUAUGCUGCCCCCUCGCCUCCACCCUCAGGGCCUGGGCCAUGGCCGCACGCUGUUCCUCGUGAUGAAAAACUACCCCUGCACCCUGCAUCAGUACCUGCGCGAGAAUACCCCCAGCCCCCGCCUGGCCAUGCUGAUGACCCUGCAGUUGCUGGAGGGCGUGGCUCACCUGGUGCAGCAGGGCAUCGCGCACAGAGACCUGAAGUCGGACAACGUUCUCGUGGAGCUGGACGCAGAUGGCUGUCCCUGGCUGGUGAUCACCGAUUUUGGCUGCUGCCUGGCUGAUGAACGCGUUGGCCUGCGACUGCCUUUCCCCAGCUGGUACGUGGAUCGGGGCGGCAACGGCUGUCUGAUGGCCCCGGAGGUGUCCACGGCCCAUCCGGGCCCCAGGACAGUGAUUGACUACAGCAAGGCCGACGCCUGGGCCGUGGGAGCCAUUGCCUAUGAGAUCUUCGGGCUUGCCAAUCCCUUUUACGGCCAGGGCAGGGCCCGCCUUGAGAGCCGCAGUUACCUGGAGACCCAGCUGCCUGCCCUCCCUCGGUCGGUGCCUCCGGAUGCCAGACAGCUCUUGAGGUCCCUGCUCCAGCGAGAGCCCUGCAAGAGGCCAUCUGCCCGAGUCGCUGCAAACGUGCUGCAUUUAAGCCUCUGGGGGGAGCAUCUUCUAGCCCUGAAGAACCUGGAGCUGGACAAGAUGGUGGGCUGGCUUCUCCAGCAGUCAGCUGUUGCCCUGCUGACCAACAGGCUUGCAGAGAGGAGCUGCGUGGAGACAAAGAUGAAGAUGCUGUUUCUGGCCAACCUGGAGUGUGACGCGCUGUGCCAGGCAGCCCUGCUGCUGCGUGCAUGGCGGGCGGCCCCGGGGCAGCUCUGCACAUAGCUGGGAACGACUAAAGCAGCGGGCAGCACCUGUGUGUGAUGGUCUGUGCAUGCUGAGGGUGGGUUGUGUGAGCAGGCAGGAGUCGAGACAGGAUGGCUGGGGGCUGGGCAGCCGAAGGGGAGGCCCAGGGCAGGGGGCAGGGCAGGGCAGGGGUCAAGUUCAUGUGAUUGGAAAGGGCCCCUGUAAGCCAUGCAGGCCUCAGUUCUGGUACCAUGACGACACUGCUCUCCAUCAGUUGUGCCUUCCCAGGGACGGAAAGCAAGUUCACCGUGACGUCACAGCUACUGCAUCCUUGUAGCAUUGAAGCAGCCAGAACAGGAGAUGAACAGCAGGCCUGUGUUCUGACAAAGCUUUGUGGGCAGAGAUCUGGCUUUAUGUGUCACUGUUCAUCUUUUUAAGCGUCUGAAAAAGUAAAUCAUCUUGA